AUGACGACAGUGAAAUCAAACAUACCUUCAAGGCAGCCAGACUUAUGCCAGCGGAUGCCCAGGGAUUGCUGGAUGGGAGUCUUUGACCAUAUGGAAGCAGACGAAAUCGUGACUAUGUUGUCUGCAUCUGGGGAUCUCAUCGCAUCUGUUCGGCCUUCGAUGUAUAGCACUAUCGCAUGGGGGUGGAACACUGUGCCCCAAGCACGCAUUCUGCGCUUACUGCGGGCUGUUCUACAGUGCCCUGAACUGGCCUCAAAUAUCCAGCACGUCUCGAUCUUGUCAUCUUCGCAAUAUGUGCUCACCGAAGAAUGGAAAAACGACCCACGAGAUGGCCAGGAUGGGCCACUUUGGAAUCAAAAUCUUGAGAGUUUCAGCGACGUCGUGGAGCAGUCUGAAUCAAUUGUUGACAAAGCUCAGCUCCCAGAGAUUUUGAAAUGGAAUGGAGCGCUCCAGAAAGGCAAUUCCUAUGCAUACGUGACCAUUCUCCUCUCCCAAUUACACAACCUUAAAUCUCUUCGGCUGGACUACUCCUUUGUCUGGAAAUCAGGGUUUCCUGGAUUGAUGAUGAAGCACGCGUUAUUUUCCACACCAAAUACCGUACUAUCAUCUUUUAACUCUCUUACGGCUAUUGACUAUGGUAGUAAUGUACCCCUGUCUGAGGAGUUUGACCCCAUCUUUAAUAUUUUCGAUGAAUUGAAUGGCUACCCUCCUUGUGAUCAUAACCAAUUCAUGGCCUGGUUCCAUCUGCCUUCCAUUCAAUCCAUAUCCAUUUGGCUACGGAGCUUUCAAGACGUUAUUACUGGUGAGGACCAGGAGUCAUCGCUCGAGCUACUAUCAAAGAAGAAGAUGUGCCAUCUUUGCUGUCCCAGAUGA